AUGGCCAGAAGUAAAGAACUCGUCCCCGGAGUUGGGCGUUUCUCCCGAUCCCAAGUCGCUGCUAAGCGCGGUCUGUACAAGGGUCUCAAAAAAUCCGAAAAACCUGCUGUCGAGCCCACUCCGGAGACUGUAGAAAAGACCAUUGGUGGCAACAACAACGGUGAAAAACGUAUUGUUCCUACCUCCAAAGCUCCUCGAUUCUACUCCGCAGAGGAUGUGCGCCAGCCAAAGAAGAGUCGUAAAACUGCCAAACCUCCCCAGCUUCGUUCUUCGAUAACACCUGGAACUGUCUUAAUUUUACUGGCCGGGCGAUUCAGGGGGAAGCGUGUUGUAUUCUUGAAGCAGUUGGAGAGCGGUUUGCUGUUGGUUUCCGGGCCUUACAAGGUCAACGGUGUUCCUCUGCGACGUGUUAAUCAGGCAUAUGUUAUCGCCACCUCUACUAAGGUUGAGCUCGAGGGUAUCAAGCUCUCUGAGGAACUCAACGAUGCCUACUUUGCCAAGCCUUCUUCCAAGGGUGCUAAAUCCGCAGAAGAGGAGUUCUUCGAGGAAGGCAAACCUAAGGAAAAGGAGGCUUUCCCUGCAUCCAAAGCUGCUCUUCAGAAAGAGGUUGACUCUACCCUCAUCACCGCCAUCAAGAAGACCGAGAACCUUGUCAAAUACCUCAGAUCGACGUGGGGUUUGUCAAAGGGUCAGUAUCCUCAUCAGAUGGCGUUCUGA